UGCGCACGUCAAGAGUAUGCAGCCUGGAGUACAAACGUGCUCGCACAGUUGCCUACUUCAACGUCAGCAGCUUCACCACGCCCACAUUAUAUAACAGCUGAGGUCCGGAAAGCAAAAAGCAGCUCCACCGAACCUUCACUUGUUUGAUGGCCAAACUAUUGUCAUCUUAUCAUCGGCAAAUUUUUAAUGCAGGCCGCAGAAGUCUCAGGAUGGCCGCAAAAUUGAGUUCACCUAUUGCAGAGGACAUUGGCGCCAUGAGGGUGAAAUACCGAGACAGGAGUGAGUUGUUUCUUGAGAAGGACUUGGUCAGCAACGAGCCGAUCAGCCAAUUUAAAAACUGGCUUGAGGAGGCUUGCAAAACACCAGGAAUUUUAGAGCCCAAUGCCAUGUGCCUUGCAACUGCUUCCAAGGAUGGAUCUCCCUCCUGUCGCUAUGUUUUGCUCAAGAGUUAUGGUUCAGAGGGAUUUAAAUUCUUUACAAAUUAUAGCAGUAGAAAGGCUCGCGACUUGGCUGAAAAUCCAAAAGCUGCUCUGACUUUCUACUGGGAGCCUUUGAAACGCUCUGUCAGAAUAGAAGGAUCGUGUGAAAAAGUGAGUGCUGCCGAGUCAGACAAAUAUUUCCACGAGAGACCGAGGGACAGCCAGCUUGGGGCUUGCACCAGUCACCAGAGCUCCGUCAUCAAAGGUCGAGAGGAAUUGGACGUGCGAGAGAAGGAGUUGCGAGAGAAAUAUGGGGAGGACAAGGAAAUUGAUCGACCAGAGGAAUGGGGAGGUUACUUGGUUGUCCCACACGUCGUGGAGUUCUGGCAGGGGCAGAGCAACCGAGUGCACGAUCGAAUUGUUUUCCGUAAAGCUGACGCUUCAGAGGCUAACGGGACGACUACUUUUGAGGGUGCUGACGGUUGGGUCUUUGAGCGUCUAGCCCCGUGAUCUUAAGAGAAGGGUUGGUUUUCAAAUUGAAUUUUAUUUUUGUAUUAUGCGAUAUUGGAAUAAAGUGUAAGCAUUUUUAGAAAUGAGGUUACAAUUUAACUUUAAAAUUGCCGAUUGUAAUUAUAACAAAAAAUUAAUAAAUAAACAGACCUUAUUCUGUCAGUCAGCUUCCUAAACUGGUGAUUGCUUUUGUUAUCCGCAAA